AUGUUGCAUAAAGGUGCUAUUGUGUCUUUAUACAAUGUCGGACAGGCUGUCGGAACCUUUGCGGCAGGAUAUUUGGCCAACAAAUUGAGUCGACGUUGGACAAUUUGCAUCAGUGCUGUAAUCGCUAUCAUCGGCGGUAUCUUACAGACUGCCGCUAUCAAUGCCGGCAUGAUGAUUGCAGGCCGAUUCUUUGCAGGGGUCGGUUGUGGCAUCAUGCUUACCAUCGUGCCCGUUUAUAUUGCCGAGGUCUCACCUCCCGAUCAACGCGGCAUGAUCGUCGGUCUUCAGGGAUUUAUGAUCGCCAUUGGCUUUUUUGCAGCGAAUUGGAUCGGUUACGGAGGUGCCUAUGCAACAGGAGAUGCUCAAUGGAGAAUACCCCUGGCCAUGCAAAUCCCCGGGCCGCUGGCAUUGGCGAUCGGAUGUUGCUUUAUCCCAUAUAGCCCCAGAUGGCUGAUUCAAAAGGAGCGUUACCAGGAAGCGCAAACGGUCUUAGCCCUCAUACAUGGGAGCUGUGAUGAUGGUAUCGUGGAGCAAGACCUAGCCCAGAUCCGAGCUCAGAUCCACGCAGAUUCCAGUCAAGUCACCUCUUUCAGGCUCGCGGUGACAAAACUGCUCUCCCGUCAAUACUUGCAUCGCACCUUGAUGGCCUGUUUUAUUCUCGUAAUGGGGCAAUUCAGCGGAUCGUCCGUUAUCCAGAACUAUCAGAGUAGCUUCUAUGCAGCUGUUGGAUUUACUGGAAAGACAUCCCUCCUGAUUAGCGGCAUCUAUGGAAUAAUGGGCGUUCUCGGUCAGAUAAUUUAUCUCUUUAUUGCAGCAGACAGGUGGCCAAGAACUCGAACAUUAUGGGUGGGAUCGAUUUUCCUCUCUGUGAUGAUCGCAGUUUGUAUGGCUUUGUCUGCUUUCUAUGGGAGUGCAAGCACCGAAAACAUGAGUGGUGCUCGUGCAGCAAUUGCCAUGAUCUUCUUAUACUCCUGCGGCUAUGCAGUGUUCUUCAACGGCACUAUCUGGGUGGUCCCAUCAGAACUGUUUCCUUUCUUCCUCCGGUCGACAGGCAUGGGCCUAGCGGUGUUCUCCAAAGCUGUAUCGGCAAUUGUCUUAUCUCAAAUUACGCCAACCGCGUUGGAGAAUGUUGGCUGGCGGUAUUAUUCUCUGUUUAUUGCCACUAAUUUCGUGGCUGCGUUUGUCUACUUUUUCUUACUUCCAGAAACAGGAGGAAAGACUUUGGAGGAAAUUGCGGAACUAUUUGGGGACACGCUGGCUAUCGACCCAUCCAAAGACAUGAAAUCUGAGGAUGGCAUGCCUCCUGCGAGAGACAUUGCCCAGAAGUCAGAAAUUUCUGGCGCCUUUCAUGUAGAAAAGAUUGUCUAA